GUACGUUAUCCCUUUUGAGCUUCAAAAUUACACAUUCUGCUUUUAAUUUAACAGACUAGAAGUGCUGACAUGACUAUUUUUAGACGCUUCGACCUAAAUACACGAGCAGGCUUUCUACAAGUAGAUGUGAUGCAUUAUCAGCUGCUCAGGGCAGGAUUCAGAAAUGGCCCAGAUUGUCUCAGAUGUGGAGCUGAAUGAAAUUUCAGCAGAGAUGGAUCUACUUCAUAUUGAUGUUGAGACUGAUGUGGUUGAAGACAGGCCAGGGAGAGAAGAUGCUGGAUGUUCAAGAAAUGUCCUGAGGAAGCAGCGAAACUGGGAGAGGCAGCUGGCAGCAAAGAAAAACAAAAGGAAAGAAGAGAAGCAGAGGAGGAAGCUCAACCGUGAGCAGGAGUCUGGUGCAACUGCAGAUACUCCUCAGUUUACCAAACGAGUCAUGAAAGCGAUCAUUAGAGAGCGUUUGGCUGAAGCUCAGUCCACAGGGCUCAAACUCUGUGUUGAUCUGAGUAUGACAGACAGCAUGUCUGACAAGGAGGUGAGUCGACUGGCCGGCCAGUUACGAAGGCUAUACGGAUCAAACAAGAAGGCGAUUCGACCGUUUCAUCUUUUCCUGACUGACCUGAGAGAGGAUAGUCGUCUGUACAGGGAAUGCAUCCGAAUGAAUGACGGCUUUCUUAACUACAUGAUAGAUGUUACAGAGGAAAGCUGUCUGGACCUUUUCCCUCCAGAAACAAUAGUCUACCUCACACCAGACGCUGAAGAAGCUCUACUAACUGUGGAUGCUGACAAGGUGUAUGUCCUCGGUGGCCUUGUAGAUGAAAGUAUCCAGAAGAAGCUGAGCUUUUCCAGGGCCUCAGAGCUGAGGGUUCACACAGCUAGGCUUCCCAUAGACGAGUACAUGGUAAAGAAAAACAACAGCAAGAACUUUCACUCAAAGAUCCUUGCCAUCAAUCAAGUGUUUGACAUCCUGUUGACUUUUUGCAACACGGGCAGUUGGACAGAAGCCAUGCACACGUGGUUCCCUCAAGGCAAGGGUUAUGUUGUGGCACAGGAGGAUUCCCAGCCUCAUCCUGAGUGUCAAACAAGGGCUUAAAGCCCUACAUUGAUGAGUUGUGAUUGGACAUCACUUUGUAUCUUCAGCUGCUGAUGGGAGCUGGAAGGAUGUAAAAAGUCCCAGUUUAAAUCAAAGAAGUACACAUAAGUUUUAAACCAAAAUGUUUGAUGCUUGAAAAUGCCUAAUUUUCCCCUAUUGAUUUUUUUUUUCAACAGAACACAUUUGAACUAUAUUUAAUUCUUUAAAAUGGCUCAAAUCUUUUUUUUGCAUAAUUAUCUUCAGAUCAGAUGUAUCUAUGCUAUUUUCUGUGACAUCUUGCAGGCAGUAUCUUUUAUUUUUCGUACAACCUUAAUACCUAUUUAAUCCUAUUUAUAUAUGAAAAUUUAUUCAACAUUUCUGUAUCCACAUAAUUAUGUCAACACAUAAUUGUGUAUUUGUAAUCUUGAUUGAUCACCUUUUUAACUUUGGUAACAAACAAAGUAGUUGUUUCUCAUGACAAUGUGGACACUUAAUAUCUGAUACCUUAACAUAUUUUUCUCAUGUUUUCUGUUUGUUAAUUAAAUUGUUUUUUGAUA